CCAUAGACUAACGCAGCUAAUUAAAGAUCUUGUGAUUACUCCCAGCCAAGAAAGUUCAACGGCAGCCCCGAAGGUGUUGCUAUGGUUUCAGCCUCCUUUCCUCUACAGAAACAAAGUUAAUAAUUUACAAGACCGACAGCAGGUGCCGGUGGAGACGGGAGCUCCACGUUCAGUUGUUUUAACGUUAAGGACUGGCGAAAAUAUCGUUUUCUUUCCCCCAGCCCCCUCCUCCACCUUUUGCUGUUGUUCGCCUUCUGCCUGGUCCAGGGAGAAUUGACAGUGUUCCAGACCCAGACCACACAAUCGCAGGGCAUCUUUUCCAGUCUUUUGUGAUGUGACAAAUAUUGUUGAAAUAGAGCUGCUCCAAAAGGACAAUUUUCUACCAUUAUGGCACUACAGCAAACACUGCACUAAAACGAAGCUUUAUUGUCAAACUUUGAUUUCAGGUGCUAAUAGAGUGCAAUUGCAACCUCUGUUCCAAAAUUGCAUCUUCCUCCUUUCUGGAUUAUUGAUCCCACAUUCAUUAUUAUUUACUAUAUCUUUGAUACAACACAAUUAGUGGCAGACUGUGACAACUCAGUGUGGAGCUGGAGGAACACAGCAGGUUAGGCUGCAUCAGAAGAGUAGGAAAGUCGAUGUUUCAGGUUGGGACUCUCCUACUUUCACAUACCACUCCACCAACCUCUGUAUCCAGCGUAUCAUCCUCUGUCACUUCCACUACUUACAAUCUGACCCCACAACCAAAGAGAGAUUUCCCUCUCCACCCCUAUCUGCCUUUCGUAGGGACCGCUCACCCUGCGACGCCCUCGUCCGUUCCACACUCCCUUCUAACCCCACCACCCCUGGUACCUUUCCCUGCAAAAGCAGGAGGUGCUACACAUGCCCAUACAUACACCUCCCUCCCUCCCCUCGCUCCCCGCCCCAGCCAAGGCCAAAGCAAACUUCCCAUGUCCAACAGGGGUUCACCUGUACAUCCUCCAACCUGGUCUACUGCAUCCGUUGCUCCCGACGUGGCCUCCUCCACGUUGGUGAGACCACACGCAGACGCGGAGACCAUUUCUUGGAGCAUCUGCGCUCUGUACACGAUAAUCGACAACACCUUACAGUCGCUAACCAUUUUAACCCUCCCCCACCGGACUUCCUUGAUGAUAUGUCCAUCCUGGGCUGCCUCCAGUGCCACAAUGAUGCCACAUGUAAACUGGAGGAACAACACCUCAUAUUCCGCCUCAACAGCCUACAGCCUGAUGGCCUAAGCAUAGAAUUCACCAGUUUUAAAAUCUCCCCACGUCCAACCCUCCCUCUCAUCUGCAUCUCCUUGACCUGACACAACCUGUCCAUCAUCUUCCCCACCUAUUCACCCCAUCUUUACCACUGACCAAUCCCCACUACCCCCAACUGCAUCCACCUAUCACCACCCCCCCCCACCCUUCCCCCGCCCCCCCCCCCCCCCCCUCUAUUUAUUUCCCAGCUCCCUUUUCCCCCUCCCCAGUUCUGAAGAAGGGUCCUGACCCAAAACAUCGACUUUCCUGCUCCUCUGAUGCUGCCUGACCUGCUGUGUUCCUCCAGCUCGACAUUGUGUUGUCUUUGACUCCAGCGUCUGCAGUUCUUGGUAUCUCUUUGUGGCAGACUGUAAGGCUGAAGCAGCAAUUGCCUGAAGAAGUUUCUGGUGAGAAGUGAUAAGAAGCACAUAAGCUAUUGAAGGAUCUUAUUUGGUGCGUGGUGAGAGUUGCGUUUGUCGGUUGAAACAUACUAACGAGAAGGGACGAGUCCAUGAUAGAGUACACAUGGGCUGGAGUUUAGAUGCAGCCUUGAUGCCCUUUUCUAUUUAUUAUUUCUCCCUUGAUGCUUUUGCUCAUUAUUUUAGAUGUGUGACUGAGUUCAUGAAAUAAUCCCAGAAUAUCUAUUGCAAAUACUACUGUGUGUUCUGAAAUUUCCUCUGAAAGAAAAUAACAGUUUCCUGCUUUUGGAAGAAUUGUAUCUAAAAUGGAGAAUUGAUCACUGUUCAGAAAAGUUUGGAAUAAUUGCUACCUUAUCAUCAGCGCAAGGGACAUUUCCCACAAACAGAAGCAUGGAAAAUGAAACGGACUCCUCUCCAUCAUCUUACAGCCACAGGAUAGUGCCGACAUCCCUUCCACUGUCCAAAUCUCUAACAUCCUCUCCGCCAGUAUGUAAUGGGACGACAUCUCCCAUUCGUUUUCCAAGUGAAGAGCAAGUGUAUUUCAACAUGACAUCCCCUUCUUCAAGCAACGAAGGGCUGUUGUGUGAGCUGAAAGCUGGAAAGGUCCUGAGGCCGACACAACAGACUACAGGCCUAACAACAAUAUUUUCUGGCAGUGGAAGCAAUAACCGGUGGUUAAACAUGGGGCGUGGAAAAGUGCCACUACAUGGGCGAGUGCAAUCCUUGCACGGGAAGCCUUCAAGCCCAACAGCAGCUGGUGUCCAUGGCAAAUCGAGCUCUGAUCGCAAAUCUUCAAUAUAAGCAAAAACAAACUGGAGAAUAGGGCAGUUAAAGCGAGCUAAUAGUAGAAAUUUCAUUUCUUAUUAAAUUUAUUUUAAAUUACAUCACAAUUGUCAAUUUAUUUACUUUCCUGUGAUUUCAGAUUUCUGCCCUGGUUGCAUUUGCUGAAAUUGACCGGGGUUAUUCUAGGAUAGAUGAGCAUUAUUGUCUCAAAUAUGUGAAUGUUACUUUUGGUUGUAGUGCCGUCUAUUGAGACAGUUUGUUUCUCAGCAGUUCAGUUUUAAGUAAAUUGAGACAGAUGAUACUCAUGCUGUUUCCAAAUUUCAACUCAACUCCACUGCUAAUGAGUAGAAUGGGUUAGAUUGUUCUUGAUUAAUAUGAACCUCUUUUUCAGUCUGCAGAAAAGUAACAGAUACGUUGGACAUUGAUGUUUUUAACAAAAAUAGAUGAAUUGAUAGCACAGAUUGAAAUAAAUAUGUACCAUUGUCAUUAUAUAUAGAUAUGGUUGCCUAGGCCAAGACACUUUCAAGGGGAUUUGGAAGGACAGGAAGAAAGCAAAAGGAGGUGGGUAGCUUUGUUAGUCAAGCAUGAGAUCUAUACACCAGACGGCUAUUCUUGGUUUGAAGUAUCAAAGUCAGAAUCAGUUUGGGUUGAGAUAAAUCGCAAGGGGUUCAACAAAAACUGAGAAGGAAGGAAAGUGGGGAAAUGAGUGGCAGCAUUGAUUAAGUAGAGCAUUGCAAUGUUAGAGAGAGAGGACUAGAAAAGGGAAAGGUUUUCACCUAGGACUACAUACAUUUUGCUGUGUAAUGGGUGUGUGUGAAAAUUAAGUAAUGGAUUCUAUCCAUUUGAAUAAUUUAUCUUUUGCCAUCUGUUUACGCAAAGCUAGUGUCCAGUUUCAUUAAUAGAGUUUUACUACACAGUGAAUGGCAGUUGACAAAUGAGUAACAGAGCCCAACAAUGAUGAUUUUGGAGUAAUUAACUUGUUCUCCAUUGCUCGGUUUUGCACUGAUUUGAGCAGAAGCUCUGCUGAUGGAAAUCUUGUGAAAGUCAAAUGCUGGGAGAUUCUCAGAUAUUAGUUUUGUGGAUGUCCCAGGUUUUAGAAUAAUUAAUGGGUUGUUGGAGUGGCUGGCUAGGUUAUUGGCCAGAUGGUAGGACAACAGAGGUAGGACAAAAGACAUCCUUCCCUCAAGGACAUUGGUGAACCAGCUGGGUUUUUACAACAUUUUAAGAUAGUUUUUUACUGAAUUUAAAUUUCACCAGCUGCAGUGGUGGGAUUUGAACACAUGUCUCCAAGGCAUUAGCCUGGGGUAUCUGAAUUACCAGUCCAGAGAUGUUACUACUACUACACCACCACCUCACCACUAGGUGAAUUAAAUUAUUGCCAUCUUCACAUCUGCAGAACUAUCAAAAGGAAAAUUUCAGCCAGUGACCAGGCCAGGUCUAUCAAUAGCCCCCAGUGGCCAGGAAAGCCAAAACUGUAUUUAAAAACAAAGUGUUGUAAAAACUGCAGGUCUGGUAGCCUCUGGAGGGAGGAACAGUUUACAGUUCCAGUCGAAUAUAACCGCUUCUCUGAGGAAGUUCCAAAUGUGUGUUUCUUUCAGAUUUCCAGCACUGUGGUAAUCUUGUUUUUAUUAAAAGCAUGAUCAAGCUUGGGCAGUUUGUUUGUGUACUUUACAUGCUUUUAUUCAUAUCUGGGAGUGUAACACUAUCUAUCUGCAAUAGAGUAUUUCUAUGUGCCUGUAUUAUGUUACAGCACUUUAAUGCUGCAGGCACACAUUUCCCUUUUAAUUUUCCAGUGUGUUCAUUUCAUGAUUGCUGGGAGGGAAAUGAGACUUUGGAAUCUCUUUAUUUGUAGUGAUAGGCAAAACACUGAUUAGACAUUUCACAAGAGGGAACAAAGGCUUCACUUUGUCAAUAAGACUUUUAUUCACAAGCAGUGAGAAGAUGGAACACAGUCUGACAGCACUUUAAGUCUGCAAAUCUGAUUUAAAAAUCUCCCCACAAUGAAUAAGGAGGGAAUGAAGUGCAGUAAAGGAAAGAUCCUCCGGUUUCUGCCACUUGUAAUAGUCCUCCUCCUGCUUAUCUAUCUAACAAGCGUUAACCUUUCCCAAUCUCAUCAGGUAAAUGCUCAGAAAUCAGAGACUGAAAUCUGGGAAAAUAAGCAUCAUGAAAACAAGCACGUGGAUGUUUCAAAGUCGUUGAAUUCCGUGGAUAAAAAUCACAAGGAGAAGUGUCACAACAGCAAUUUUCAAAUCAGUCGGGUCCAAGCUGCAUUCCAAGCUUGUUUGACAAAGAAUGAAGAUAUUUUACUUAAAAGCUAUCUUGAAGGAUGGGCAGAACUCCAAAAAUUUAUUGAUGCACUUGGCACUAUAUUUGGAUUUAUAUCUGAAGAAGUCGCCAGCAAAAUGAGAAUACUCAUUGAACAUCAGCAGGGAGUGCAUGGAAAGGAAUACACAUCCAUGAGGUCCAUGAUUAAUUAUGAAUUAACAAACAAUGUGGUUAAUUUCCGUGAACUUCCCAGUGACCGCUUGCAAUCGGGCUGCCGCACUUUACUCCGUCUCCACCGAGCACUACGGUGGCUACAGCUCUUCCUUGAUAAAUUAAGGGUCAGCUCUGAGAACGACUCAAUGCCUAUCAGUUGCGCAGAAGCCUAUGAGCAGUCCCUCGCUAAGUAUCACAGCUGGCUUGUGCGAAAAGCUGCUGGGAUUGCAUUCCUUGCCCUUCCAGUACGGACAGAUUUCCUGAAGAUACUGUGUCUGGAAGACAACAAAGAGACCAAAGACAAACUUUGGAGGGCUGUGAAAUUGAUUGACAGAGUUUAUAACGUUACACAAGGCAUGUAUGCACUGUAUAAUAUGCUUGAAUUACCUUAGACUCAGCGUGUUUUAUCAAAUGGGGUAAAAAAGCUGUUUGGCAAUCAACAAGAAGAUUACUUUCCAUCAAUGGGAUUUGUCGAAGUUGCUUUCAAGGGGCAAUAAAAAUGUUGCAUUUAGAAGAAA